GAGGGGGGUUGCGACAAAUUGCAAGCAAUGGGUUUUAAUGGAGCCCAUCUUUAGAGUGAGGUGGUGGCUUGAAGACAGCGACCUGCGGUACGCCUAUCCUUUCCCCAUGUACCCGUGCGUUUCUAGACAGACGCCUCUCGACUACUACGCGUUCUCAUUCCUUUCCUAACCUGCCAUCCAUACCCUUGCGGGCAGAUGUCUAAGUAUAUUGGCCGAGCUACCCUAACUUAGUAGUUGCUUUGCGGCCUAGUGUCUAUCUAAAGGGAUACCUUUCUCUCUAAUUGGAACAGCUCCUAUCUUUGUCACUUCUAUAUCUAUUUAUCUAUCCCCCCCAUUCCUCCUGUCCUCCCUGAAGCCUUUAAUUCAUUACAUUCGCCAACGAGUCUAAGUGCCGGUACUAUAUCUCGUCAUUGAACGCAACCCCUUUGGAUUGUGACCCUUGUUCCCAAUCCCUUCGAAUACCUCUGAUAAUGGAUAUGCACAUGGACUUGAAAGUAGGCCUUGGAGACGAGUUUUCCUUCGAAGGCCACGGGUUAUCCUGCGCUUCGUCAACCGGUAGUUUCUCUUCAGCAUCGACUUCCAGUUCUAUGCCCGAGCCCUUCACGCCUACAUCUGGUCGAUCGACUCCUGGGUUACGCACUAUCUCGAUGGAUCACGAUCACGUCGCCUAUCCCGCCCCGGGAGGCUUUGAGUUGACACCUCCAUCUUCGGCAUUUGGCGGAUAUUUCCCCCCAGACGCUAAAGUAGAUAUGCAUCGAUAUAUGAACUGCCACAGUGCUUCACCAAGCCCGAGCCGAAAGUCUAGCAUGCAGACACAGAUUAUGGACUUCGACUAUGCUCCAGUUCUCCCUGCCGGAUUCGCCUCUAUGCAAGCCCAAGAUCAUCUCGAGCCCGCCAACCACCAAUCUUUAGGACAUUACGCCUUUACGGAUUAUGUAGCGUCGCCGCAAUAUCCAGUAUCUACUCCAGCUUACCACCAUCUUGGAAACGCAGCUUGUGACGCACCCGCGAUGUGGGAGUGGUCAGGAGAUAGUCCCGUAUCGUUUUUUGGAAGAGGAAACCCGUCAGCAUCACCUUCGCCUUCUCAGCCUUUAUCCACUCGGGAUCGACAUGGCUUGACACCCCCAUACCUCUCCAGUCAUAGCAAAAGACGACUCAACGUGGACAAAGUACAGCAGAAGAGUUCGGCCCUCCAGAGAGCGCAACAGCACCGACACGGCAUCCGAAUAGAAAGGAUCGCCGCCGCUACUUUCAAAUGUAACUACCCAAACUGCCAGAGGGGACCAUUUAAGAGACAAGAACAUCUCAAGAGACAUAAGAACAUCAAACAUGCCGAGAAUCCAGUAGCGAUUAUAACAUCGUGUCCAUUUUGUGACAAGCCGUUCAACCGCAAGGACAACUACAGGCAACAUCUCAAGCUACACACACUAAAGCACCGCCCAACUCGCCGUACGGAUUACUACCCUGAGGCUCAGGCGCUACUGGAUGAAGAAAUCAACAAAACCAAGCAAAGGAGCCAGUUGAAAAAGAAGAGUGGAGGAUUCAAGGACGAGGACUAA